UAGAGGACAGAAAAGGCGGGAAAAAGAGGAACCAAAAAGAGGCUAGAGGUGGCUCCCGGGACCAGGAGAGGAAGCCAGGCAGGCAGAAGAGGAACGCAGGUCCUCGGCCCUCGGAGAAGAGCUGAGCCUUGAGGUGGGUCUGAGGCACACAGGAAGUGGUGCCCAGAAAGCAGCACCCAACACCCCUGCCCCUACCUCCCGGGACACCCAAAGAAGAGCAGCCACUAUGCACCUCCCUGAAAGCCUCCACGACCUGGCAGACAAUGAGACUGUGCGCUUUCUGAGGAGACCAAAGAGCAUCUCAAGGAUCUUCGGAGGGGUCUUUUCCCUGGUCAUCUUUUCCUCUCUACUAACUGAUGGUUACCAGAACAGAACAGAGUCUCCUCAGCUCCGCUGUGUCCUCAACAGCAACCACAUGGCCUGUAGCUUUGCAGUAGGAGCUGGCUUCCUGUCCUUUCUCAGCUGCUUGGUCUUCCUUGCCAUAGAUGCCUAUGAGAGGCGCCUCGUGGGCACCCGCUUUAAGAUAGCCUUCCAGCUCUUGGACUUCAUUCUGGCUGUCCUCUGGGCAGGUGUCUGGUUUGUGGCUUUCUGCUUCCUAGCCAGCCAGUGGCAGCAUUCGAAGUCCAAGCACUUCCUCUUGGGGAACAGCAGCGCCAAGGCAGCCAUUGCCUUUUCUUUCUUCUCCGUCCCUGUCUGGAUACUCCAGGCCUACCUAGCCUUCCAGGACCUCCGAGACGAGGCUCCAGUCCCCUACAAGCGCUCCCUGGAGGAGGGUAGUGUGGUGCUGAACACCCUCUCUCCAUCAUCCACCAGCCCCUCCAACCCUCCCAUCACAGGCCCCAACAGUCUGAGUUACACCAGCUCAGCCCUGUCCCCCUACAUGACGACUCCAAAGGCCCCACGCCUGGCUAUGAUGCCAGACAGCUAAACAGCCUGUAUACAUAAGUAAAUAGCCCCCUCUGAGGGGUUUAUGAACCACCCUGUCCUGUCUGUUCCUCUUUCAUCCCUUGAGUGGCAGGAGGAGGAGGAGGAGGAGGAGGAGGAGGGCGACCCCUGCAACAGGUACAUUUCUGUGCUACCCCCCAAGCACCGUCACCUAGCUGAGAGCAGGCGGGAAGUGGACACAAGCAGGAAGCCCUGCUAUGUUCCCUGCACCUUGAGCCCACACUGGCCUUGAAGAGGAUGCACAAGGGCCUCCUGCUACAUCUGAGGCUGAGGGAGGAAUGCAGCACCGGCCCAGCAGCCCAAGCUCUGUACCCCAGAGAGAUGAAGGCAAUCAACAGUAGUGUGUAAGGGGUCAGUCAGGGCGCCGAGUCCAUGAAUGAGACUGAUUCAGGAGAGAUCUGGGUCUUCAAAUACAUUCAAGGCUAUCCGGGUAAACAGGCAAGUGUCUACUAUACUCCUCCCAGGGUCACUAGGCCCUGCUAGGAGGGAUGAGGCAGGUGGUACUGUGUGCCCAGCACCCAGCCCUGGGCUGAGGAUGCAGUCUUGCUCAAGGCUUCAUUAGAAAACAAGUCCAUUUCAAUAUAUUUCAUCUAACUUAAUAUAUCCAAUGUGUUACUGUUUCAACGUAUAACCAAUAUGAAAACUCAGCUUUUCUUUCUUUGUAAAACAAGGCCUCAUGUGUAACUCAGGCUGGCCUCAAUACUGGGAUGACAGGGUGCCACCAUUCCCAGCACUGACAGGAACCAUGCAGCACUGUACAUCCAUUCUAACCAUUAAAGUCCACUGUGCGCCUUACCUCA